GUGCACACACCUUAUCUAUACAUGCCUCCACUCCGUGUGGCCUUCCAACAUCCAAGGCCAUCUCAGCUCGCAUCUCCCCAUAACGGCCGAAACCGUUGGAGACAGUAGGACACAUGUUCUCUGUUUCUCGUCUGUGUUGGUCAAACAAAUUCUCUGUUUCUCGUAUGUGAAGGCCGUCAUCCACCACCCCCUCCCAAUCUAGCCUACCGAGCCCAGCGCGCAUAGACAACAUACACAUCUGGGCGACGCAGAAGCACUCGAGUGGGUCAGGCAGUAACCACCUGCCUGCCUGCCAUCUCUCUGUUGCGCUUCUCUCACGCCAUCCCCAGCCGUCUAAAUGUCUCCCUGCCAUCCCGCCCCUUCUCGACCCACCCCACCGCCCCCCACACCACCGCAGCCACAUCCUUGCUGAAGCCGUUGUCGAUCUCUCCCUCCAGCCCCCACUUGUUCGCCUCGUCCAGGAUGGCCCGCUGGACCACCUCGCGCAACUCCACCUUGCGGCCACCCACACCCCCCAGCACAAAGCACUGCAGCUGCGGGCACCUCACCAACUGUCCCUCGCUGUCCCUCUUCCUGCCCCCACGGCCCACCACCUCCCCAUUGCCCACCACCCGCAGUGACGCGGCGGCCUCCACGAAUCGCGCCAUGGCGGUGUUGAUGCGGCGGCCGACCUUAGUCGCGUUCUGCACGGGCCGGGGGCUCUCGUCGAGCACCGAUGGCUUGACAAAGAAUGACGCCACGCGCCACGCCACAGCCGACAUGUCCAGGUUGGCCAGGGGAGUCUCGUCGUCCUGCCAGGGGGCCACCGGGGUGACGUGUGGGGGCAGGGAGGGAAGGAGUGGGUCUAAUGAGGGGAAGGCGGCCUUGAGCUGCUGGGCAGUGCCGCUAUGGAAUGCCUUGGUCAGCGCGUCAGCCAUCUCGCGCUGAGGUCGCAGUGCGGCAUUGACGGCCGCCAUCACAGCAGUUGGCAGCUCGUUCAGCACCGUGGCAUAGUCGAUCAGCACCAGCUGGCGGCCACGGCGGUCUCUCUCUGUGGCCGUGGGGAUGCUGUUGAUGUCGGCCCCCGCCCGCAGCACGGUGCGGAUGGUCAGCUUGUAGUUGGGAAUCUUGGCGCGAUACUCCUCCUUGUCGGCCUCGGGCGUGUCCGGGUCCUGAAGCCGUUGGGUGUACCGAUCGAGCUCAUAGGCAGCGAGGGCGAGGGGGCUGUCGCCGAAGACUCUCCGUCUGUUGAUCUGGUCAGCGAACAGCUUGUGGCAGAGGUAGUCGGCCACGUAGGGAGAGCCACACAGUGCCGCCCAGUGCAAUGGCGUCCGUCCACCGCCGUCGUCUGCCGUCAUGUCAGCCCCGUUCGCCGUAAUGAGGUCGAGGUAGCUGUCGAUGAACGACUGGGGAUAGUGCCCCAUUGCCUUGAGGGCUGCCCGGUGCACCAGGUUUUUGCCGAGUCUUCGUUGGGUGGCGAGGGUGGGGUCUCCUUCGAUGAGUUGCCGAAACAUCGACAUGAGCAGCUGCUGAUACUCGGGAGGGAGGCGGACGACGCGGCUUGGGCAGCUCCAUCAUCAUGUAUCCGUCUGGUGGGCAGCUCCCACUCGCGCGGAGGUGGAUGUCUUGACGCGCCAUCAGGAGGUCAAAGGCCGUCUGAUUGCCGGAUGCGAUCGCCAAACGGAUGGGCGCCAAACGGUAGGCUGUCUCAUUGGGGUCGGCGCCUCCGUCGAGCAGUGCGGUCAGGAUUGCCGCCUGCAGCUCGUCAGACGACCACUGCGGCAGGGCGACGGGGCGGUCAUCAUCAUCGCCUUCCGCUAGAAUGGUCUCGACCGUGUAGCCGGACUUGUUGUCAAUGGCGAGACACAGGAGUGGGUAGCCGUAGACAGCACCACUGUCCCUGCCCUCCAGCCCAGUGAUGACAUCCGGGUCGGCGCCCUGCUGCCGGAUGAGGUGGGUCACUUCUCGCCCAUUGGUGAAGCGGCGGCCGAUGAUGCGCCGUGACAGCUGCUUGGAGGCGUCGCUGGUGCCCUUGAGGAAUCGACCCACUAGACGAUCGAGUCCGAUGUGGCCCUCAGGUACAGGAAAAGCUGGAUCCGCCAGGCCACUGAGAGGAUAACCUGCCACACACACAGCCACCAUACAUACAACGGACAGUGAUUGUGCGCGUGGGAUCUUCUCUCGCGUCUGCCUGGCCUGACGUACCUUCCACCUCAUAUUGAUUGUAGUCGUCGUCGGAGUAUCCGUCAUCGAUAUAGGCAUCUUGGUCAUCAUCGCCAUUCUCCUCCUGCAUGCCACCCUGACACACAACAAAGAGGCAGGCAGGGGGCGGAAAAUAACUCAAGGGCCUCCAUCGCAUGGACCAGUGUUGGUGCUGAUGAGUGAGUGCCUCACCGAUUCGUCUCCAUCUGCUGCCUGCGGACCAUCAUCACCGUCGGCCAUCUCAUCGGCCACCGCGCUCUCCUGCUGCUGCUGGCCGCCUGGACGUCAACACACACACCCUCACGGACCCGGCCUGAGUGUGCUGCUGAUGUGUGUGCGUCGAAUGGUCCGUGUGGCAGGCCUGAUCACUCACCGCUGUCUGCGCCAUUGUUGUCUUGCCCGUCUGGCUGCCCGCCGCCAUUGUUAUCCUCCUCAGCCACAUCGUCUGCACACACCAUCGAAGGCACACACACACGUGUGGCGCUGAUGCUGUGUGUUUGAUGUGUCACAUUCAUCUGUGUGUGGCGUACCCGCAUCGCCACCGUCACCGUCCGCCAUGGCAGCGGAGGCCAUGUGGGUGUCGUGACCCUCGGACAUCUCACUUGAGCACACACCAACAGCUGCACCGACCACACACAGAGAGGCAACCAGAGAUGGGCAGACACUUGCUGCAUGUGUCGUGCCUGUGCUCGCCCACCUGUUAUGAGUCAAAUGGUACAAAGCCGCUCAAUCAGUCCGCCCCGGCACCAAGGCAGACCUGCACAACCCGACACCGACACACAAAGGCAGCACCUCACCGACGACUAGCGGUGAGCCAAUCGCGUCGCACUCAGUGUCGGUGAGAGCUGCUAAGCCGCGCGAUGACGUGGCCGCUGUCGUGCGCAGACGCC